AUGAAGGUAUUAGUAAUAAGCCUUCUUCUGUUUUAUUUAGUUACUUGCAAAAACAUACCAUUAUAAUUAGAGAUGGGUUUAAUAGAAUUUGAAGAUCUUUAGGCUGGAAAACUAUAAUAUUAAGUAUGAC